UUCAGUUCAACCAACAGCCACAAAUAAUGAUAAACGCCAAGAGUAAGUUUACCCACAGAUUCGAGACUUAUUGAUAGAUUUGGGAGUUUAAUGUCGGCUUUCGUCAUUUUUCUGAAGCUACAGAGUGUUUUCUCCAAAAAGCCAUCAAUCUUUCCAUUCAACUCAAACAAGAAACUUUUAACCUAAGUUAACAAAUACUCAGUCUUUCAAAUUCAUCUCUGAAGCUCAACGCAAUACUUAAUAGACCAGUGACAUCGGUUCGGUAUCUUCCCGACAGGUUCCAUAACCAGAAGCCUUAAAUUAUUAACAAAAAUCGCUUGCUCACUCCCCAAGACUGCAUGUAUCUUCUCCCCAAAGAAGAUUAUUGCUUGGAGAUCUUUUCUCAGUGGGCCUGCGUAAUUAGUAUUGAUGCUUUAUAUUUUAACAAGUCUAUUCCUUAAUGACUGCCGAUACUGUUUGAACAUUGCAUGAUAAAGUGCUAAGAAUGAUGCUUAGAUAGACAUUCAACAGCUUCGCCUUAAGAUUGGUCUUAUAGGAGAGAGAAAAUGACUUUGAUGGAGGAUAAUAAAAUUGAGAAAAUAGGAAGAAACUCUAUGAGUUUCCGCUUGUUUUUAAAAGAAUUGGAAAUUGAGGAGACUAACAAUGAUCUAAAUAUAGAACGCUAUGAUCCGAGCUUGACGAUUUAUUUUAAUUGGCAAAUAUAUCUGCAAUUUGUAAAGAUACCAAAUUUUUUGGGAUCAUUAAAAGCCAAUAAUUUAUCUGCAUUCUAUGUUAAAGUGAAGAAUAAAAAGAUUUCGAGAUUUUUCAAAUGAUCAUUUCCACAAAAAAUAACAGCUCUAUACCUUUCUUCUCAUCAAUAUCCUCCUAUGAAUAUCAGCCCUAUCUUUAAUUCUUUGAUGAGAGCCAGCUCUAAAGUAUCACAGAGGAUAGGUUUUGAUCGGUUCAAAUUCAGUGCUCAUCAAUUAAAGAGAGUAAUAGCGUCGUUUAAGCAUAUCAAAAAAAUAUGUUUCUACUGCUGUAAAAUCUCAGUCCCUGCAGUCAUUGACUUUUCACAAAUAUUGACGAAUACAAUGAUCAAGAUGCUUGCCUUCAAUAGGUCAGGAGGAUCUAUGUAUUCAGACUGGGAGAGAAAUCCUCAAGAGUUUAGAAACCUAAUCAAGGGAUUAGCUAGUUCUCCAGAUUUCAAGCUGAGUUUUAGGAGGAUAUGAGCGGAUAAUUGCGGGAUUGAGAAGAAUGAAAUCUGGAAGAUUUUGAAUGAAAAUGGAUUCUAUGAUAUUAACAUUUCUGCAUAAAAAUUUGAUCAA